CGCACACAAAGGAAGCGCAGUGACAUUUUGGCAGUGUGUGCGUGUGUGGCUGGGUGGAAAAAGUCUCGCGAAAAAUGCUGAAAAUCCCCACAUUUUCCCCAGAAUUUCCACCAUUGGCCGCGCAAGAAAAGUCCCCGUGAGUGUCGUGUCGCCGUCGUGAGUGACAAUUUGUGUGGAUUUGCACGGCAAGUGCGUGAGUUUGGUGUGUUUUCUCAGUGCAACGCAGCAACAUCAGGGUGCCACCAUUCGAAUACGCUUCUCGGGACGGAGAAUUCAAUGGAGAAAAUCUAAUUACGGGCCUCAAGAGUGAACGAAUCGAUAAUUUCUGCUGAUUCAGUGAGGCGCAAGACGGGGGCCACACGAUGACAUGGACAACCAAGUGUCCACACAUGGACAAUGUGGUGCAACUUUCACUGGCGGAACUGUGCAAGCUUAAGCAGGGUGUGCCGUGCACGGAUUGCGAUGCCUGUGGACCAAACCUGUGGAUCUGCUUGGACAAGAAUUGCCUGUACACGGGAUGUUCUGAGCAGUACAAUGACCACAGCACAAAACACUUCAAGCUCUUUCAGACGCACUCCAUCCAUAUGAAUUUGUCAUCGCAGCGCAUCUGGUGCUAUUUAUGCCAACAAGAAGUGUUCCUCGCCUCCGGGCAGCGUCGCACGUCGGCUGUGAGUGAGGCUGGAGAAUCUCUGCGGCACACUGAGAAGAUAAUGGCGUACGAGAGGAGUGAAUCGUGUGGCGAGAGCAGUGCUGAGGAGGAUGAUGCCGUGUGUCAGGGCGAUCGGAGGCAAUUUGGGGGCUUAGUGGGAUUGCAGAACAUCGCCAACACGUGCUACAUGAAUGCUGCCCUGCAAGCGCUCAGCAAUACGCCUCCGUUGACGGGAUACUUCCUGGAUUGUGGCGCCAUUGCAGAUUAUGUGAGUGAAUUGGCCACUCCGGCGCAACAGGGCCGAAAGCCGGGCUUGGCGAGGAGCUUUCAUCGCCUGAUUCGUGAGAUUUGGUGCAGGAGUCACAUGAGCAGUGGCUAUGUGGUGCCUAGUGGCAUUCUGCAUGGCAUCCGGAGUGUGCAUCCCAUGUUCCGGGGCUUUCAGCAGCACGACACGCAGGAGUUCCUGCGCUGCUUCAUGGAUCAACUGCACGAGGAGCUGAAGGAGGACACUCCGCCGCCGCCUGAUGCCCCGUACGCCGCUGUCUGCAAUGGAGGCGAUGCCGAGGAGGAGGACGAGGAGGAUAACGAGUCCACCUGCUCCACACCGUCGCCAUCGCAAUCGGAAGCGGAGUAUGAGACGUGCGACAGUGGCGUGAGUGAGCAGUCUACGGCGUCGGAUGAGGGGGAAUCGGAGCAGCAGAGUCAACAGAGGCGCCGUAGGUAUGCUCCUGCCUCGCCACAGCCCAGGGAGCCACACAGGAGGCCCAAAACAACGCCGCCGCCAGCACAGGUGGAGAAAAAUGCGCCCCGCCGCUCGAUUAUCAGUGAUGUGUUCGAUGGAAAACUCCUAUCAUCUGUGCAGUGUCUCACGUGUGAUCGUCUGUCCACGCGUGAGGAGACAUUCCAGGAUCUGUCGCUGCCCAUUCCGGGCAAGGAUCAUCUCACGGUGCUCCAUCAAACCCAGCAAAUGGUGGCUCCGGCCGGCAUUGUGGGUUCCGUCACGUGCACGGAUGCCGUCUACCAAGGCGGACAGGAGGGUUGGCUGUGGUGGCUCUGGAGCUGGCUUCGCUCCUGGUUCUGGGGCCCCGCUGUCACCCUUCAUGACUGCAUGGCGGCGUUCUUCAGUGCGGAUGAGCUCAAGAAUGACAACAUGUACAGUUGCGAGAAGUGCAACAAGCUGAGAAAUGGCAUCAAGUAUUCGCGCGUCUUGGCGCUGCCUGAGAUGCUGUGUGUCCACUUGAAGCGCUUCCGCCACGAUCUCUCGUACAGUUCCAAGAUCUCGAGUCCGGUGCAUUUUCCUCUGCACGGUCUCGACAUGAGACCAUACCUUCAUCGUGAUUGUCAGUCUGAGGUGUCGACCUACGACCUCACGGCCGUCAUUUGCCACCAUGGCACAGUUGGCGGUGGUCACUACACCAGCUUCGCGCGCCACGAUCCCUCCGGCAAGUGGUUUGAGUUUGACGAUCAGCUGGUGACUCAAGUCACACCGGAUGUGGUGCAGAAUUGUGAGGCGUACGUUCUCUUCUAUCGCAAGAGCAAUCAUCAGAUGGCUCAAUUGCGCGCCCAGGCGUUGGAAUUGGUCAACACGAGUCCUCCGCAAGCUUCGGACAUUCGAUUCUUCGUGUCAAAGCAGUGGCUGAAUAGAUUCAACACCUUUGCUGAGCCAGGACCAAUUGACAAUUGGGCUCUGCUGUGUCCACACGGAGGAUUGCCACCCGGAAAAGUGGCCCUGGUGUCCAAACUUGUGGUGCCACUGCCGCAACCGCUGUGGGACUUUUUCUAUGAAAAAUUUGGUGGUGGUCCAGCGUGUAAUCACUUCUUCGAGUGCAAUACGUGCAGAAGAGCCGCAGAAUCACUGACAAAGCGUCAGAAGGCAGAAUUGGUGGCAUUUAUGGCGUACAAUGAUGAAUUCCAGCUUCUUGAAACUCCAGCGACAAUCUACGCUAUCUCGAUGGCCUGGUUCAGACAGUGGCAGCUCUUUGCUCGUGGAGCCACGACAGAGGAACCCGGACCAAUUAAUAACACCUCCAUUGCUCAGCCAUCGGAAACACUACCCAUUCGCAGUGUGAAACCGGGUUCGGAUUAUGCGCAGAUCAAUGUGAAAUUGUGGAAGUUCUUCCACAGCAUUUACGGCGGUGGGCCUGAGAUUGUGUUGCGAGGGAAUCCGCAGGAGGAUGUGAAGCCGCAGAGGAUUGAGAAGGCAGAGUCUGAGGAGAUGGAAACUGAGGAGAUACUUGAGGUGCCGGAAGAGUGCACUUCAGCUAGCGAGACGGUGGACAGUGAUGUGAUUUCUCCUGCACCAUCUGAGGUAGAGUCAAAUGGCCAGAAGGAUGUGGAUUUGUCGGAAAUUCCACCGCCGUCGGCGUUGAAGAAUGAGUCAGUGAGUGGUGAGAAGCGAUUGCCCAAGAAUGUGUCAUUUGAAGAUGUGGACACGCUGACGAAUGGCAGCAGUGAGAAAGAGUCCAGUGCCAAAGAUGAGACCACAGAAGGCGGCGCUCGGGUGUAUUCGUCCAGGAAGAAAAUGCGCCAGGAGGCAGAGCGUGGCAAGCGUGAGGAUAAGUUCCGUAAAUCCAAGAAAUCACCAAAUCUCUUUGGACCGGAAGGGAAAUUUGUGAAAAUCAUUCCGGAUGCAGAGACGAAUCAUGCUCCUGAGCAGAAUUCCACGCCGGAGGAUUCGAGGGCAGCACCAAAGAUGAAUGGAGUGGCAGAGGAGGAAAGCGGUGAAGUUCUGCCGCUCUUGCUCUCACCGGGCAGCGAGGCGCCAGUGAAUGGUGGCUCCAAGUACAAGGGCGGAGCGUCUGCUGGUGAUUCUGGCCAUCACAAGAGUCACCAUCGCCGGAAACGCAUCAACUGAGGAGUCUCGUGUGCCACACAUUUGUGAACGUGUCAAUUUGGCGGGUGAUUCUGGGCAGUGGGAUUCGUCUCUGUAAUUUAUUGCAACUUGCCUUUAUUUAUUCAUCGCUGGUGCGUGCGCAUGUGAUGCAGAAAUUCCAAUUUAUGUCCCUUUGACUGAUUCGUCGAUCACACACUUUGGUUUCGGUGGAGUGUUUUUUUCUCUGUGUUUCCUUAAGCCAGAUUAAGAAGGAUUGGAAGCUCGAUUGCUGGAAAGUUUACCAAUUUAUUUUUAGCAAUAUUAGUGUUAAUUUUGCGUAUUUAUAUCAUUUGUAUAUAGCGAUGGAUUUGUUGAGUAUAUGAAUAAAAAGGUACGAUAUGUUUUCCUUGGUCAGAAA